AAUUGCCAUUCACCAUCUUUGCGGGCAUUUCAGCCAUUCACGCAGAAGGCUUAUUUAUUCUUCUCUGCCAAAGUAAACAACUCACUUUUCAAAUGAAUUAAGCAAACUCAUUAAGGCUGAAAGGAACGCCAGCAAGAUGACCACAUUGUGUCGGACUUGCGGUCACGAAAUGGAUCUCGGCAAGGCUCUCUUCCACAAGGAAAACAGCGAAGUGCUGUACAACAUCCUUCGGUUGACUGGGAUUCUGUUUGAGGAUCACCCUGGAGUACCCACAGAGAUCUGUACGUCCUGUCUGCUAGAUCUCACCGAGGCCAUUGCCUUCCGGGAGCGCUGCAUCGUGACUAACAACUCCUGGUUCAAGGAUCAGGACAAAAAGGAGCACUUGGAAGUUCAAAUGGAGAAGGGACCUUUGCCGAAAGAUCUCCAAAAGGAAGUUGUUCCUGAAAGUACCUUACAGCUACCAAAGAGUACUGUGCCAGUAGAGAUCCCACCAGAAUCCAGCAAGAAACUAGAAAGGAACACGUCGAUAGCCAUGGAAGAGCCUAUUUUUCACAUCACGGUUGAUAUUGUGGAUCCUCUGAGGUGCGAGGAUCCUAUCCAAGUGAAGAGUGAACCCCUGCCUUCAUAUGAAGCGCCAGAGGAGUCCAGAAACGUAGAUGUCAAGGAAGAGGAGUCCGGAAAACAAGUCCCAGAAGUAGUGGCACCUGUUAUGAGAAAGAGACGAGGUAGGCCAAAGGACAGUAUGAGCAAGGAGGAAAAAAAAGACAGGCGGAGAAAGCUGGCCGCGGAGAGAAGAGCUGAGACCAAGGAUCAGAAACUCUACUUCUGCGACCAGUGUGGCAAGACCUUCAGCGAGAAGGGCAACUUCAAUGUCCACCUCACGCGGCACAAGGGCACCAAGGAGUUCCAGUGCAGCGAAUGCGACCGCAGGGAGUUCACCCAGCACCUGCUCAACUUGCACGUGCGGAUCAAGCAUCGCGGCGAGCUGCCCUAUGAGUGCAAGUACUGUGGCCAGCGGUUCGACAACUGCCUCAAGCGGUUGUUCCACGAACGGAGGCACAAGGAGCACCCCAAUCAGAGACCUCAUGUGUGCCCCAUUUGCAAAAAGGGCUUCAAGAGUACAACGUCCCUUAAGCACCACAAUGUUGUGCACACCGGAGAACAGCCAUUCCACUGCGAACUGUGCCAGACCCACUUCAAUCGGAGGAACAGCCUGAGAACCCACUACAAGUCGAAACAGCAUCUGAAUAAGGUCGAGGAGCAGGCACAAAUGCUUGAUGUCGAGGACCAAACUGGCCCGGAGGAUGGUGAUUGCUAACAAUCGGUGUCCAAAAAGCACAUCUUGCUUGUAGCUCAGUGUAACGUUUGGGAUUCCCACGGAAACGUAUGUUACUUUUGCCAUUCACCGAAUUCGGAAACAUUUAAAUGGAAGAAUACCAUGGGAAUGAACGCAUUGUGUCGCACCUGUGGCCAGGAGGCGAGGCAUUCCAAGGCACUCUUCGACAAGGGCGACAGCCGCAUC